AUGAUUGACCUAAGCUUCCUAACAGAAGAGGAGCAAGAAGCGAUAAUGAAGGUGCUGCAACGCGAUGCAGAGCUUAAAAAAGCUGAAGAAGAAAGAGUCAGGCAUUUACCAGAAAAAGUCAAGGAUGAUGUUCAGCUAAAGAAUAUGACUGGACAGUGGUUUUAUGAAGCAAAGUCAAAGAGGCACAGAGACAAGAUACAUGGAGCAGAUAUUAUUAGAGCUUCCAUGCGACGGAAGCCUGCCACUCUUGCUGAAGUGAGUCAGAACAAAUCAAACAAACCAAAGAACAGCUGGGUGAGCAAUGUUCAUAAAGAAGUCUUUGUGCCACCAGAACUACAUGGCAUUGUGGAACAUCAAGAAGAAGAGCAACUGAAAUCUAGUUCAAGUUCUAAACUAAUAAUGUCUGUGUUAGAUAAACCAGAGGAAAGACCUACAAAGGCAGCAAUCUCACCAGUGAAGCAAAGGAGAAAUCCUUUUAAUUCCACUGCAUCAGGUGACAACUUGAACAGUGGAGAAUCAGAAAACAGACCAGCCGCUCUACCUCAGCUAUCGAAGAAGGAAAUUUUGUCACUCUCAGAAGAGAGCCAAGCUAAACCAAACUUAGAAAACAAAGAAACAGAGAAGCACAAGAGGCUUUCCCUGGAACCUACUGAUGAAUCACAGAAAGAACUAGUUAAGCAUCCUGUCCCAAAAGCUAGAAAAUUAAUUCACAAAGCAACAGAUCCUGUGUCACAAAGAGAAGACUUCCUUCCAAAGCCAGCCAAACAGAGCGAAAGGAUUAAUGGCACUGGGACACCACCCAGGGGCAUUCUGAAGCGCAGUUCAAGUUCCAGUUCCACUGAUUCAGAAGUUCGUGCUAGUCAGGUGUUAGAUGUUCAGAAAAAGAAUGGUCCUCCUACUGCAACUAUUUUUGAAGGAGAAGCUGAGAACAACUCUCCUACAGAAGUGGAAGACUCCACACAAAUUUCACUUGAAAAACUGAAACAAGUGAGGUUCUCAUCUAGCACGCGUAAAGGAGAACCUCUGCAAAGCCCACAGCUACACCAUAGUAGAGAAGCAGGGGAGUUUGAUUUAUUAGAGCCUGAUGAAACAAGGAGUAGUGGAAGUGAAGCUGUUAGAUCAGAUUCAGCUGAGAAUAAGCAAACUCCUGCUGUAAACCCUUUGGGAACCUAUUCAGCAGCUGUACAGAUAAAAACAAAAUAUAGCUUACAAAAAGAUACGUCAGCAUCCAGCCCUUGUGACACUAAGAGGUCAGUCUCCCUGGCUAAUGAAACCUUGCAGACAACGACAGUUACUCCUGAGAAACUUGAAAGUCCACAGAAGACCUCCAGCAAUGUCCUGCCAAAUAGCAAUGAGCUUAGUGUUGAUGAGACACAUGAAAAUAAAUCCAACCAGAUCUUGAGACAUGAAUCCAAGUCACACAAAAACGUUACUGAUGAACAUCAGCUUUCUCCUAAGAUAGAAGCACAUGAGGUGUCAAAUAGCAAUUCUACAAGUCUUCAACAAGGUUCAGAAGAAGAAUUAAACCCUGUUUUCAUGGCUUUGAAAAGGAGUGCAGAUAGGAAAAUGCCUUCCAAAAGUCUAGAGGACAUUCCAUCAGCCACCUCAAAUAAAGGAAAAGUAAAUAAUCCAAAGGAAGAAUUAGCUCUUAGUGCUGAAGAUGGUAAAUAUCUGUUGCGUCUGCAUGGAAUUUCCACAGUGCCUUCACAGCCUGACAAGCUGUUUUCCAAUCCUGAAAAACUCAAAGGACUAAGCAAAUCAGUACCAUCAUUCCUACAGGAGGAGAGUGAUGACAGAGAGACAGAUACAGCAUCAGAAAGCAGUUAUUCCCUUGGCAGAAUCAAGAAGAGUCCCAGCUCUCUAACCACUCUUAGUGGCUCUUCUGGCAUGGCCUCCUUAUCCUCUGUGAGCGGAAGUCUAAUGAGCAUCUGUAGUGCAGACUUUGGCAAUGUUGAUGUGAAGGGGAACAUUCAGUUUGCUAUUGAUUAUGUAGAACAGCUGAAAGAGCUCCACAUUUUUAUUUGCCAGUGUAAAGACUUGGCAGUAGCAGAUGUUAAGCGACAGCGUUCAGACCCGUAUGUAAAGUCCUACCUGCUUCCAGAGAAAUACAAGUUGGGCAAACGGAAGACCUCGGUGAAAAAGAAAACUUUUAAUCCAGUCUAUAAUGAAAUACUGAGGUAUAAAAUUGAGAAGGGUCUCUUGAAGAACCAAAGCCUUAAUAUCUCUGUCUGGCACAAUGAUACCUUUGGGAGGAACAGCUUCCUUGGUGAAGUGGAGCUGGAUUUAGGAACCUGGGACUGGAAUGAUAAAUCCAACAAGCAGAUAAACUGGUAUCCACUCAAACCGAGGACUUCAACAAUGGCUCUUGAACUAGAAAACAGAGGGGAGAUGAAACUAGCCCUGCAGUAUGUCCCACACCCUGUUGGAGGAAAGAAGACUCAAUCUACUGGCGAGGUCCACAUCUGGGUGAAGGAAUGCCAUGACCUUCCUGUCCUGAGAGGCAACAGACUCAAUGCUUUUAUUAAGUGUACCAUUCUUCCAGAUACUAGCAGAAAAAGUCGCCAGAAAACAAGAACAGUGGCAAAAACUACAAAUCCAGUAUUCAAUCACACCAUGGUUUAUGAUGGCUUUAGACCAGAAGAUUUGAAAGAAGCUUGCAUAGAACUCACAGUCUGGGAUCACAACAAACUAGCCAACCACUUCCUGGGAGGUCUCAGGAUAGGCCUUGGAACAGGCAGAAGUUAUGGAACUACAGUAGACUGGAUGGAUUCUACUUCAGAUGAAACUGCCCUUUGGGAGAAAAUGAUGAACUCACCAAACACAUGGAUAGAAGAUACACUACCUCUCAGGAUGCUAUUGGUUGCAAAAUUAACAAAAUAAGGUGGCUUUUUAAUUGCUAGUGUCAAAAAGAAACCUUGGGAAUUCAAUUAAAGCUGUGGGGGUGAAACUUGGAAGAGGAACACAGUAGCUCUUCUGACAGUCUCCAUUGCUGUUCUGGUUUUGUGCUGUCAAAUGUCACUUCAUAUUUCAAAUUAAACUUCCUGCCUACAAAUUAUUAUGUACAUUUA